UAAAUUUUAAGGUUAUAAAUCAACACACAAUGUCAAGUGUCAAGUGAAAUGUUAUUUUCUUUUAUUAUUAAUAUUAAAUUUUAAAUUGUACUUAAUUUUGUUUGUUUCUAGUAAAACCAUAAUAAUCUCAUAUUAGUAGAAUAUCAACUUGAUUUACGGUUCAUAAGAUUUAUAAUGUUAACUGAAAAUAAAAUUGAUAAAUAGCAUAAUAUGGUUAUUCUAAAGUUUCAAAAAUUAAAUCAUAACAACUGUUGGAAAUAUUUUAGAAAAUUUGACCUAUGUUUAUCAGAACAAAAAAUUAUCUGCCAAUUACAGUCACGGCUCAAUUCAACUGACAUUGGAAAACUUUCUGGACCUGUUAACCUACUGAAAUCAAGAGUUGCAUCUGGAGAACUCAAAGAAGAUGUGCACCAAACCGCAGUCACAAUUAAAUUACAAAAAGUUUACAAUGAUAUUGAGAACUAUGUGCCUUCAGAACCCAAUAAGUUCCUGAGCUGGUUUGGAAAAAAUAAAUCAAAUUUAAAGGGCCUUCAAGGUCUUUAUAUCUAUGGUGCGGUUGGAGGAGGAAAAACCAUGUUGAUGGAUUUAUUUUAUAGCUGCUGCAAGACCAACAGUAAGCAGAGGGUUCACUUCCAUUCCUUCAUGUCAAAUGUGCACAAGAAAAUUCAUGAGGUAAAGAAAACAAUUGUUAGAGAAGGAACGAAAUCUCAAUCCUAUGACCCAAUUCCACCAGUUGCAAGGGCGAUCAGCAAUCAGUCGUGGUUGAUUUGUUUUGAUGAAUUUCAGGUAACAGACAUAGCAGACGCGAUGAUCCUGAAGCGACUGUUCACCGAGCUGUUCUCGCACGGCGUGGUGGUUGUAGCGACCAGCAAUCGACCUCCAGACGACCUCUACAAGAACGGUCUGCAGAGGUCAAACUUCGUGCCUUUCAUCCAGGUGCUGAAGGAUCACUGCGCUGUGGCCACCCUCGACUCGGGCAUCGACUACCGGGCUCUGGCCAACCCUGGAGGCGAGAGGACUUACUUUGUUAAAGGUCAAACAAACUCCGAGCAAGAAAUGGGAAGAAUCUUUAAAGUACUUUGCACAAUGGAGAACGACAUAAUCCGACCGAGAACGCUAACGAUUCUUGGACGUAAUGUGACUUUCAACAAGACAUGCGGUCAAGUCUUGUAUAGCAGUUUUGACGAACUCUGCGACAGGCCUCUUGGAGCUGGAGAUUAUAUCCUAAUAAGCCAGGCGUUUCACACAGUAUUCAUUCAAGAUGUGCCUCAGUUGAGCCUCAAGCUAAGGUCACAAGCGAGAAGAUUCAUCACUUUGAUUGAUACACUCUAUGAUAGCAGAGUAAGAGUUGUCAUCUCGGCUGAUGUUCCACAUACAAAAAUCUUCCUCAAAGAAGCGAUGGAUGUCUCAGAUGAGCAGAGGGUACUCUUAGAUGAUUUGAAUAUCAAAACAGGAGAGGAAAACUCUCAGGCAAACGUGUUCACUGGAGAUGAAGAAAUAUUCGCUUUCGACAGAACAAUAUCACGAUUAUCAGAAAUGCAGACUAAAGAUUAUUGGGAUCAAUGGGACAAGAGGAAAUAAUCACUUUCCAGUAUCGUCGAGCUGUGCUUUCAUUAUUGUUACUUAGAAUGUGAUUUGAGUUUACUUAAUUUUAAAUGUAGCCUACAAUUCAACAGAAUUGUAGGAUUGUUUUGGAGAUAGGCUGUAUUUGUUGAACGGAUAGAGCCUUAUCAAAAAAAUGUAUUGUUGAACAA